UCUUUGUUUUUUUGACUUUGCCAACCAUCUCAAAAUUAUUGAGUUAAUUUGUAAAUCAAUCAUAAAUCACAAAUCGUUAGUAUGACUUUAAAGAUCAUUACUGUAAAUCAAAAGUCACUAAAUUUAUCAUAUAGAGUACCUAAUCAGUGACGUUUUAAGAUUAUUUUGGUAAAAGUAUUCAGUAAAAUUGUAAUUAUAUGACAAUGUAAUUAGAACCAUUGUACUCGUAUAUAUUUUCUCUACUUUAUAUAGAACAUAGUACAUGUGUAUAUAAUAAGGUUAUUGCGUUGGGUGUGUUGGUGACAUUUCUCAAGACUCUUACAAGCUACAACAUAUAUACUAGCGAUCGAGUCCGAGGCCAUGGCUGAGUCAGACAACGAGUCAGGAGGUCAACCCGGCAACGCAAGCAACGAGUUCUCGGGUUGCAGAGAGCAAGACAGGUUCCUCCCCAUAGCAAACGUGAGCAGGAUCAUGAAGAAGGCGUUACCGGCGAACGCCAAGAUCUCGAAGGAAGCCAAAGAGACUGUGCAAGAGUGUGUAUCGGAGUUCAUCAGCUUCAUCACAGGUGAAGCCUCCGAUAAGUGUCAGAAAGAGAAGAGAAAGACCAUCAACGGCGAUGAUCUUCUGUGGGCCAUGACCACACUGGGGUUUGAGGAGUACGUGGAGCCUCUCAAGAUUUACCUCCACAAGUAUAGGGAGAUGGAGGGUGAGAAAACUGCUAUGAUGGGAAGGCCACAAGGUGAGAGGGAAGAUGGUUAUGCUCAUGGUCAUGGCCAUGGUCAUGGUCAUGGCCAUGCUCAUGGGGGUGUGGUGCCAUCCCCCAUGAUGAUGAUGGUGGGGCAUCAGCAGCAUCAAGGCCACGUGUAUGGAUCUGGGACUGGAUCAUCAAGAACCAGAUAGCAGUAAAAGUUUAGGUAAGUUGAAUCUCUGAAACUUACCAGACUCAGUACAGGUCUCAAAGGCUCGAAAAGAGCUUACAGAUUACUUACUGAUAUGUUUAAGCAUGUGUUUGUUGAUUAAGCAUGAUUCUACAAGGAUGGUAAUUUGUAAUAGUAUGUGUUUGGUUUUAGAAUGCACCAGCUUCAGCUUGUAAUUGCUUGAAAUUUCUUUCUUGUUGUGGUUGAGAAUAUGGACAUUGUGGAUGGUGAUGAUGUGGCAUGCACAGAAUUUUUUGUAUUCUUGUUUCUAUGUUUUUAUGCAGGAAAAAGAUGUGUAAGGGCAGGGCUAUGCUUUGUUUUGUUUGAUGACUGUAGUAUGUAUGGUGGUAUGUAUAUAUAUAUCUUGGUUGAGAAUUUUUACUUUCGAAACGUACAAAAUGUAUAAGGAAAUUAUAAAGAGGAAGAUAUUUUCUUGUUACUUUGAAA